GUCACACACCUCACCCGCACGCACUCCAUCACUCUCUUCCUCUAAUCUUCACAAAUUUUUUCUCAAUUAUCUUUCCUCUUUUUUGUGUCUUCGGGUGGAGGAGCAACUUCAUCAGCUGCGCCAUCUCUUUAAGGGACCUGUCCAGCCUUUCUUGUGAUGCUAACUUGAGCUUGUGACAUCAGAAAUUCUGCUAAGAUGAGUAAACACAAGCCUUUGGUGUUUUUGGACGUGUCUAUUGAUGGUGACCCUUUUGAGAGAAUGAUAUUCGAGCUUUUCACCGAUGUUGCUCCAAAGACUGCUGAAAAUUUUCGUGCACUUUGUACAGGGGAGGAAGGCGAAAGUUCAAGAGCUAAGAGACCCCUCCAUUACAAAGGAACUUUCUUCCAUAGGAUUAUUAAAGGAUCCUGGGCUAAGGCUGGUGAUUUGCUUAGACGAGAUGGUAAUUAUGGAGAAAGUAUAUAUGGUGACAAAUUUCCAGAUGAGCCUCCUAAGCUAAAACAUGACGGGCCUGGUCUUCUAUCAAUGGCGAUUGCUGAUCGUGAUGAACGCGGCUCACAGUUCAUUCUAACAUUUAAAGCUGAUCAUCAUCUCGACAGGAAAUGCGUUGUGUUCGGGAAACUUGUGCAUGGGAAUGAAGUUCUGAAGAAGAUUGAAAAUACUGGAGAUGAAGAUGGCAGACCUUCUGUAACUGUGAAGAUAGUCAAUUGUGGUGAACUACACUGGGACAAGAGGAAGCUGCAUAAACUGAAACAGGGAAAGGAUGUUUCUCCUGAGGCCAACAGUCAUGAACUUCGGCGCAAGGCGAAGCACAAAAAAUCAUCCAAGGAGAGAAGAAAAAGGAGGAGGAAACAUUAUAGUUCGGAAUCAGAUACUAGCUCAGAUGAUGACACUGAAUCUAGUGAAUCCGAUAGUGAUUCAGAUUCUGAUAGAACAUCAUCCACAUAUGAUAGCUCCUCAAGUGAUGACAGGCGGCGCAAGAGGAAGAGAUCCAAGAGAGACAAACAUAGGCGUGGAAAGAAGGAUAGGCGGAGGGAAAAAAGGCGCAAGAGACGUGAUAAGAAAUCAAAGCGCAAAUCAAGAAGGGCAUCAGAUAGUCUUUCGGGGAGUGAGACCGGAAGCGAAAGUGGUUCUAAAGAUAAUGAUGGUGAGGCUCAAGUGUUGGCCAGGAAGCCUAAAAACUUCGAAAGAAAUCAAUCUCCUCCAGUUGAGGAGGGUGAAGCUGCUUUAGUUCGUGAAAAUAGAGGGGGGUCAACUGACAUGUUUGAAGGGGAAGAGGGUGAAUUUCCUAAAGAGAAUGGAGAGCCUCAAAGCAAUGGGAUUGGAGUUGAAACUAGAUCUCAGAAAAAUGCAGAUAAACAACCUGAUUUAGUGGACGACCACCCUGACAAAUCUAGGAGCCGAAGCAUGAGUUCUAAAAGAACAAUGAGCAAGAGCAUGAGCAUUAGUCCUAAGAGGAGUUCAAGUGGAGGUCGGAGUGUUAGCCGCAAACGCAGUAUGAGCAGGAGUCGAAGUGCUAGCAUCAGCGAUCAGCGGCAAUUACGAAGGAGCAGGAGUAUUACCCCUGUUAGAAGUGCUAGCAGCAGGAGCCCUGCUAGAAGUGUGAGUAGAAGUCCAGUGAGGAGCAAAAGAGGAGUAAGUCGCAGUGUGAGUCCUCCAGUGAGAGCCCAGACACGGAGAAGCAGCAGUCCCUCAGCAUCUCCACCUAGGAGGCCUACUCGGAGUCCACCUAGAACAUCAUCUAGGAGGUCUUCAUACAAAUCAGCAAGUAGAAGUCCAGUCAGAUCUUCUCGGAGGAGUUUAAGUAGAAGCCCUUCUCAGCGUCGAAAGAGUGUGAGCAGAAGUCCUGUCCGUUUAACUCGCAGGAGUGUCAGCAGAAGCUCUGGGAAGGCCCCUUCUAAGCGAAGUCCAAGCCGGAGUUCAGGUAGGGCACCCAGCAGAAACAAUCGCCGCAGCUAUUCAAGAAGUCCUAGAAGUGGAAUCCGUAGGGUAAGGUCACCUGUUUCUGAUCGUCGCCGAAGCUCAUCAAGUCCCUCUGGAGGGGAAUCCCCCAAGCGUGUUAGGAGGGGGAGGGGCUUCAGUGAGCGAUACUCUUAUGUACGCAGAUACAGGAGCCGUUCUCCAGAUAGGUCACCUGUACGGUCCUACAGAUAUGGUGGGCGAAGUGACCGUGACAGAUAUCCGAGCUAUAGAAGAUCCCCUAGGCGCUACAGGAGUCCGCCAAGAGGAAGAACUCCUCCAAGAUACAGAGGAAGGAGAAGUAGGAGCCGCAGUCGCAGUGUAUCUCAUAGUCCAAUUCGUUAUCGCCGUCGCUACAGCCGUAGCCCUGUUCGCAGCCGAUCACCUGUGGAUAGAUACCGUGGAUCACCACGUGUGGAGAGGCGGCGUUCACCUUCUAGGAGUAGGAGCGUAUCAGAAUCGGAAUCAUCUCUGGCCUCACAAUCUCCAAAGCGGGUUAGCAAAGAGAAGUCAAGGUCCUCCUCUGGGAGUCCCCCAGGGAGGCCAGGCCUGGUUUCAUAUGGUGAUGGCUCUCCCGACUCAGGUCGGGAUUAACAUCAUAUCUUGGCUCUUAAGACUGCUUGGUGGAGUUCUCUCUUACAGUGGAGUUUUAUGAGAUCCACAUCACUACAGUUGAGUUGGUGUUUGGGAAUCAGAGAGAACUGCUAGGUGGUGUGCUUUUUUAGGUAUAUGCCUGAAUAAUAAUGCGUUUUUUUCUGUGUUAUAUUGUAGUCAUUUGGGUUACAGACGUUCUUUAUUUGGUAAUCCCUAGGAUACUUGUUCCUAUUCCAGGAUCACAAAUUUCUGGUGGAUUGGCGAUGCUUACGAUCUUUUUGCCAUCCUGGUAGAGGCAGAGAAUUAGACUGCAAUAUAAUUUACUACCUAAGUCGUAACGCUUAUAUUGUCCUUAGAUGAGUUGAAUCUGUCGUUUUAUUUUGGCUUGUUUUUGGAGGUUAAGACAUUUUACUUUAUUGUUGAAUUAUCUUAAAAUACUAAUGUGUACCAGCCUCGAGUUUCUUUGGACUGACAUGUAUCUAUCAGCCAAGUUUGUCUAGUUAUCUACAUGGCAGAUAUAGACUCGGAAUAUAAUCAUUUUGGUAU